AUGCUUCAUUUUGCUGCUGGAGCAAUAUUUUCUCUUUCGUGCUUCGCCUUUGUUGAUGGAUGUAUUACGGCGAAACAGAUUGGGGUCCCGUUCAAUUUCUUGAUGUGGCUACCUUCUAUCAUGAUUUUUUGUGGUAUGUUUGUUCUUAGUUUUGUGGACGCAAAGGUUAUUGCUGACGUUGAUUAUUCGUUUGAGGAUAGUAACACACAACGGGCAAAAAUUUUUUUCUUUAUUGCCGCAUUGUUGAUGCUUGGGGGUUUGGCAGUGGCGCUUUGGAAAGCAAUAGAGCCGUACUCGCAGGUGAACAAUUCAUGGCCUGGUGUUUCUCUUGUCAUUCAGGGUGUGCUUCUUAUGGUUUGCAGCGGGAUUUUUUUUUAUGCUAGACUUAAGAACGAAGGUGAUGAAAUCUGA